GGGGUUUACCCGGCUUCUCGAGGUGGGAGGAGUCGCCGCCCUGCCCGGGGAGGGGCGGCCGAGCCGCUUCCCGGCACUGACCGGGGGGCGGUGUGUUCCGACGUGCGGGGAUCCCGCUGUCCGGCCGUGAGGGAGCUCUCGGCGGCUGCAGGCACCCUUCGGUACGGCGGUACGGGAGGGCUGGAGCAGCUCCUCGUACAGCACGCAUCUCCGCCUUCCAGGAGCCCGCCAGCAUCAUCACAUACCGAUGAAUUUAGGGCGCCUCAUGUCUCCUGUGCUUUCAGGAUGCCACUGCUUAGCUACAGCAUAAAAGCUGCUGAUUUCACUUGAGCAAAAAUUACCUAGGACUUUGGGGAUUGUGUAACUAGCCUUUAGCUCUGAAGGAGCAAUCGUCUACCAGGAGAUAUUUAUUUAAAAUAUUCACAGACCACCUACUUAAGGAAAUUUCAUUUUUUCAAAGUCUUAUGCAGGAAAAGGUAGACAAAUGAUGAAUCACUUCAUGAUUUUGGCAGUACUGCUCCCCCUGAGGACGUGCCACCCUACAUACUCAUGGCAAGAAUCUGAUGUGUUUCCAGUAACAUACCUUAAUGUUUCCAAGGAUUUGGAUCUUCAGCGGCUGCUGGUGGAAUGGGAUGUUGUCAAGUCAGCGCAUGAUGCUGAGCUGGCAAUAUCUUUUGAGAUACAAGUCCGUCGAACCAAUGAAGUUGUGUGGACAGAGUUUCAAAAUGUCACACUUGAUAAACUGGGAAAACCUCUUCAUUGGACAUGGGAUUCAGACAUACCUUUGGAGUGUAUGUCACAUGCUGUGAGGAUCAGGAGCAAGGCAGAAACAUCAAAAAUCUGGAGUCAGUGGAGUUUGUGGGAGACUCUCCCGGGCCUGGACACUUCAAACAGAAGUGUGCCACAAAUCUUUCCAAAAGAAAAAAUUUUAGCAGAAGGCUCUAAUAUCACUCUUUGCUGCAUCGGAGGGAAAGGUCGAACCAUUAAGGAAUUCUCUGUAUACCCAACUGUUGAUGUUAACAAGUACACAAAGAGUCAAGUCAGACUUCUCACUGUGGAGAAUCUGUCACAUGACAAAGGGUCUAACAUUCAUGUCUACUGCUAUGAUGAAGAUAAGCGGUCACAUGAAGCAGCUUUCUUUGUGGGUAAACCACCUGAUACACCUAAAGAUUUUUCCUGCCAAACUCAAGACAUGAAAAGAGUAACAUGUACUUGGAGAGAAGAAGAGACCUAUCUCUAUGGAAAGAAUUCACCACGAUACACCUUGUCUAAAACGUCAUCCCAGAAAACGGCUCUGUGCAAAGCAAGUUGUUCUAAGCAGUGCUCAUGCUCUUGGGAUAUAGGCCAGCAGUGGAUCUGGAAUGUCACAGUGACUGUGGAAAACCCACUGGGAAAGAAGACUGCAACUGAUGUUUUUGAUGUAAAUCACAGAAUGUAUCCCACUGCACCUUUCCAGGUUUGGGAAGAUUGCACAGAUACAGAAAUGACAUUACACUGGAAUUAUGAAAACAAUGAAAUUGAAUUCUUUUGUCAGACUGAAGUGGUCCAACCUGAUGGCAAAGUAGAACUGCACAACAGCUCCGUUGCGGACUCACGGCGCGUCACAGUGCGUGGGCUGCAGCCGUACACGGAGUACACGGCCAGGGUGCGCUGCGGGGCGGCCAGGCACUUCUGGAGGUGGAGUGAGUGGAGCCAACCCCUGACCACCAGAACAAAGGAAGGAACUCCAUCAGGGAAACUGGACAUAUGGAGAGAAAUUACGCCAGUUUUCGGGGGACGAAAUGUGACCUUGUUCUGGAAGCAAACACCAAGUUUUCAAGCAAAUGGAAAAAUUAUUUCAUAUGAAGUAACCUGGGAAAAAAUAGAAGAUGGCUCCCAGCCAGAAAGCAUCUCCUUUUCUUCAGUCUACAAUAACACAAGGAUUUUCAUUGAUAACCAUUCCUACAGAAUCAGUGUCAUGGCAAAGAACAAUGUUAAUUUUUCACUUCCUUCAAUAUUGAUCAUCUCUAGAGCUACAGAUAACAGCACUGAAGAGCUUAAGGAAGGACAGGUUAAUGGUACAGAUGAUGGCAUUUUUAUCUCCUGGGAGCCCAGAAGUAUAUAUAACAGUUACAUUAUUGAUUGGUGUAACUUUCCCAGGUUGCAGCCUUGUGAUUUGCAAUGGAAGAGACUUGGACCCAACACUUCCAGUGCUGUGAUCAGCUCAGCUGCUUUUGUUCCGGGGGUGAGAUACAAAUUCUGCAUUUAUGGAUCUGUUGCUAAUAGAGCCUCCCUACUGGAAAAGAAGAUAGGUUAUCUUAAGGAGCUGCCUCCUCGUCUUGAUCCUGUUGUGAGAAAAGUUGACCUGACUUACAAUUCAGUAACACUGUCUUGGGAUUAUUAUCUCACAAAUGAGUCAGAGCCUGGUUUUGUAAGAGGCUACCAUGUUUAUGUGUCACCUAUGCAAGGGAACUGCAAUUUGAAAGGAUCAAAAAAGCACAUUCUUUCAGAUGAAUCAGAGCUAUGUAAAUACACAAUUGAAAAUCCAGAAGAAAAGAGAUACACUGUGAAACACCUGAUGCCAAACACAAAAUACAAAAUAGUGGUUAAAGCAUUUACAGGUGGAGGAGAGACUCCCAUUGUUAACUUUAGAUACAUAGAUACACCAUAUAACUCCAACAUGCUGUACUUCAUAUUCCUGCUAGUGAUAGUUCCAACCCUAGUAGCAGCUAUAUGCCACUGGAAGAUGAAAUGUGUGAGGGAGUGGUGUUGUCCUGUAAUACCUAGUCCUAACAAGAGCAAAGUGCUGUCAUUCAAAGAGUUUAAGAUUGAUUCUGAGAAAGUGCUGAAGAUAAAUGACUGCCUUCCUGACAUGCUAGCCAUGGACAGUAAUGCUGAAGCUCAUAAAUUGCACCCUGUUACCUGGAGCCCGUUAUCUUCAACACCAACUGAAGAUAAGAUUGAUGGUCACAAUUCUUCCUGGAUUUACCCUAGUGAAAAUGUAGCAGGGGACUUUCCACCCACAGGUACACCUCAAACUCAUACUUGUUUUGAGAAUUUUGCUUAUUCUUCUCCACUUGAGGCUGAAUCUGAUCCCUGCCAAAUGCCAGAGACACUGGAAACGGGCAAGACAAAUCAGGCAGUGGUGCUAUACCAGCCACAAUGCUAUAUAGAUAUUUUUCAUGAGGAUGCAGCCUCAACCACCAGAGAAACAGGUGAGAGAAAGAGCAGUCUGAAAUACAUCUCUCAAACAGAUGUGUGCUGGCUGGGGGGGAGGCUUUGAUGUUCUGUCCUCCAGUGAGUCCACCCAGUGUUUGGCUACACACUAUAAAUGAGAAUUUCUAAAGCCACAACUUCUUGUGAUUAGGGCUCUCACAGGCCCAGAUGCCUGACUUCCAUUAAUAAAGGCAAAGCUGUUGUUCCUGAACUAGUUUUGAGUACUGAUUUGCACAGGAAUCAUGUGUGUUACGGUUCCACUACAACUUAUGGGCAUUAGAUGAGAUUUAUAGUGGUUUGUGGCUUGUAUUAUGCAGCACAUUACAUCACAGCAAUCUGUCACAGGCUGAUGCAGAGAACUGCAGAGAUUAAACUAUUCAUAAAGUGGAGGAGCAAAUGAAACAAGGGGGAAGGUUGUGCUGCUCAAGGAGUGUAUUUCUCUUGCAAUGUUCUGUGUACUCUGGCCACCCCAGCUAGUGGAUACUGUGCUGCUAGGCAUGGAGCAUUACCCAGUCAUUUUGGGGGCUGGAUUGUAUUUUAUGUCUCUCCAACGAUGUAAGGAAUCAUUGUAGAAGUGUUACCUGCACACAGUGUGGCUCAUUCCUAGAAGAUUUGAAGGAACUUUGGCUUCCCCAGGAGUGCUGUCCAGAGCACCCAAAUCCACUAAUCAUCCUUUUACUUCCCCUGUGUCCCAAUUACACUUGAUGUGUGAAAGAGCACAGAAAAAAGAUUUUCAUAGGGAAGACCCUUGCUUCCAUUCCUUGUAACUGGGGCUCCUCAUACCUCUGCCUUCUCUGCCUAAAGCCCCUUUAAAAGAGACAUAGGGAGUUGGGUGGAAAGGAGUUAAUUUUCCAGAAGGACGGAGGUGGUACUACAUGGGGUGGUCUCUGCUGGUGCACAUGAACUGAUCUUUUUGCAUUGACCCCUGUACUUCCAUAGCCCCAACCAACCAAGCAACCAGACAGGCUGGUAAGAAGCACAGGUGUAUGAAUCCCAUUGUGAAGGACAUCAUAUUCAGGCUGCAUACAUCUAGAUCUCCCAACACUACUUCUGCAUUUGUUAAAAAAACAAAAUAAAAAAAAUACUUAUUGUAACACUCAGAAUCCCUACAGUAGACAGCAGCCUUUCAUUUUCAUUUCAGGAAAUUGUACAUUUGUAAUGAAGCAGCAGAGUUGGAAUUGUAGCUGAAAGUCUUGUCAGAUUUACCUCAGUGCACAAGGGACCCUUUGGUUUUAUGCUGUUUGGAAUCUGUAACAAAGAGAUGGUUUCAACUUAAGAGCACAGCAUAGGCAAUUUUCAAAGGUGAAAUAAAUAAAGGGUGUCUGACAAUUUGAUGUUCAGCUUGUUUGCUAAAAUGUAGUAACUUGCCUUCCCUGUGUUUAACUAGCUAAUCUCACUCCUAGAAACCAAGCCAGUUGCAGACAGAGUGAGUUCUGAUACUGAACGACAUCACGUUUUUAUACUGUUGCUUACAGAUAUUGUUAUAAUGUCACAAGCCAUGUUGCAACAGGAAAACCAGUAAGGCCUUGCACAGCCUGUGGGCUGAGACAAGCACUGCCUGCAGAGAUAGAAGGAAAAGGGGAGGUACAAAAAUACAGACACAGAGAUGGGUGCACAUGGUUGGAGGCGUUCAGUGCAAACCCUACCACAUCCAUCCGUGUGCUGUGCACAGGUGCAGGUGGCUCACAGACUUGAGAGGGACAGAAGAGUUUGCAGCAUGGUCCUUCCUUCCAGCCUCCAGCCAGCCAAGUAAGGAAACACAGCCGGACACCUUCUGCUGAAGGGCAAGAGAACAGGGAGGGUAAGGGAGAAGGCUGAUUUGACAGAUUAACAUCCCAGGGAAACUUCUCCCUUUAUCUUAGUCUCUUUGAGUAACAAUGCAUGUGAAAGCUUGAUUCCACAGUAUCUUCACAGCUUGGAACAUUUGCUUCUCCAGAAAGCUUCAUCACAUUGUAUGUGCUUGUGUAGAUUAAAAGAUUUACUGCUGGAAAAAAGGCCAGUAAGAGAGCUGCUGUGUCACAACCAAUACAAAACUUCUGAGCUGUACAUUUCAGAAAAAGGUGUAUUUAUUCUAAAAUGUUGAAGAGCAAUCCUAAAUCAAGAGUUAUGUACUAAGGAAUUCAGAUAUAGAUGUCAGUCAAAGAAAUCAGUGUAUCGUACAAAGCAUUUUAAAUUUUGACGUUGCUGCAGUUCCUCCUGCCAGGGGGACAGCUGCAACCUGGCACAACUCCCAGCUGUGAAAAGCUGCUGUCACUGAGGCCUGGCUGCAGCAGUUCCACCCAGGAAGUAAAGGCAGGGCUUUGUGGCUUUAGCCAGUGGUGCCUUCCUGAUGAUGGGGUGAGACACAUGGGCCUGGCUGAGGUCUCACCUCUCAAUACCCUGCCUGUUCCCAGGGACAUCUUCCUGCUCUGAUGAAAUUCCAUUACCUGGGCGCAGUGACACACUUGACCACAUUCCAAAUCACUAGCUGAGGGUAGAAGCCGGCUCCUCUUUCCCUAUAAAUCCUUCUGCUUCCUGGCUCCAGUGGGUGGUGCUUUGUGGAACCUCCUGAGCAUAAAAAGCACACAGAUGGAGGAUUCCAGGAAGGAUAAUGCCUCUGUGCCAGUCAAAGGGCACAGUCUGGGCACCAGAACUGAAGAUUAGAGAAGUAUUUUGGCAUAUGUGGAGAAGUGUGUAUAAUUUUUAUAUAUUAAAACAUCUGUCUUGCAUUAAUGGUUGAAUGAGUUCAAAACUGUAAUCCUCUCCUUUUUUUUUGUUCAUAAUGCAACUUUCACAGCUGUUGUUGAAAUGUGAAUACCUAAACUAUCACAUAAUUAAACAUCAUUCUCAGUAUGUUAAAUUUUUAAAAUAAAAAUGGUGUGUGAACUAUUAAA